AUGUCGGAAACGAACCCGAUCCCAAUCAUCCUCUGCGGAAAAACUGAAUUCAUCGGUGAAAGAGUGAUUGAAGCUCUCAGGCCAGAGAUUGAAGUGGUUCAAUUCAUCUUACCUGGAAACUCGGGACAAGUCCUCAUACCUGCUCUCCUUGCUGGUCAGAGUCCGCCGUCCCGUCCUGACAGCAGCGCUAUCGGUUCCGGGAAUUACAACAAUGCUCCCCGCGCCGUUGUGCUAGGAGGGGCCUUUGAAGAAUCCGACAUAGCUACCCUGCGCGAUGCCGUCAAAACCGUUAAUGGAGCCCGCAGUGUCGCUUGGGUCCGUCAGGAUACAACCCUCCCAGCACCUCCAGUUACAUCGCCUGAGUACCCUAAGCUCAUGACAAAGAGGACCAAAGAGGCAGUAAUCAAGCUUGAUAAGGACGGGAAAUUGGAUGGAACAUAUGACGGCCUUGAGUGGUAUUAG